CUGACAGCAAAUUUCCUGCCAAAUUUUUAUCGAUUUCGAAUCACAAAGUGCUUUUAUUAACACAUUUAGCAUUAAUAAAUUAAUAUCAUAAUUUGAGAUAUAAAAGAGCAUAUUUCAAGGCAUCUACUUAUCAUCAGUUCAUCUUCUGUGCCAUCCCAUAGACACUGAACUUCGACAAACAAGGGACCCAUUUCACAGACAGAUUUUUUUGCAGCCCAGGAAUCAGGAUCUGUGUGUAUAUUAUGUAGGCCUACAUGCUUAUGUACAUUGGGCGGAUUGACAGGACCUCUUUUUCUUGAGCAUGUGACUGGAUUCAAGCAAAAAUGAAGAUGAUUCACUUGAGAGCGCUUGCGAUGAUGUUGUACUGAUCCAGUUUUAGUCACAAACAGAUACGCAUACAUUAUUCUGUAAAGUGUCACAAGAUAUCCAAACUACAAUGUCAGGUGGGCCGAAUUCUUGGCAUAUUACGCCAGAGGAGCGGGCGAAAUUCGAUGGCGAGUUCCUCCAACUGAAGCCUGUGAAUGGAGUCAUCAGAGGAGACCAAGCAAAAGGAUUUCUGCUGCAGUCGAAGCUACCGCCUCAAAUUCUUGGACAGAUAUGGGGCCUUGCUGAUUUAAAUGCUGAUGGUAUGAUGGACAAGAAGGAGUUCUCAAUUGCCAUGUAUCUCAUUCAAAAGAAGCUGCAGGGAUACGAAAUCCCUAAAGUCUUGCCGGCAAGUCUCAAGGCUGAUCCUUCACCCCCUAUGGGCAACUUCAGAACCACUUCUCCAGCACAACAGCAAGCAUUUGGAUCUCCGUCAAACUGGGUCAACGACUUCUCGGCUGUUGGCCCGCCAGUUUCACGUAGACGGGGUAACUCUCACAGCCCUAUGGCUCGUGAACGCCCUGCCACAAUUUGUUCGAUGCAAGGUGGCGCAUUUAAUGCAGUUCCUGCUGCCGAUGUGAAGGCUCGGGCCGGUUCAUUCAACACACCGAUACCAGUCUCUACUGCACAGUCGAUUUCGUCGGCUUCUAGUGAUGCGGCUUGGGCCAUUCCCCAGCAAACACGGUUGAGGUACAUCCAGAUAUUCAAUACUCACGAUCCGAUGCGGAGAGGAUUCAUUCUUGGUGCUGAAGCUCGAGGUUUCUUGUUGCAGUCACGGUUACCUCAACAGGUGUUGGCACAGAUCUGGAAUCUCUCGGAUAUUGACAAUGAUGGCAAGCUUACAACAGACGAGUUCUGUGUAGCAAUGUACCUAGUAGAGCUGGCCAAGGCAGGUCAGCCGUUGCCUGCGACUCUUCCCCCGAACAUUGUACCCCCUGCCUACAGACGGGAGCGCAAGGUCAGCCUGACAAGUCCUGGACCUGGAGGAGUGGGAAUGAUGGCCAUGCCUGCACAGUCAGCACCCCAGAUGAUUCCAGGCGCCCAACAGAAAGAUGCAUUUGGUGACCUGGUGGGAGGAGGGUUCGGCAGCAGUCCUCAGCAACAGCAGGAGCCAACGAAAGAGGAAAUAGGUGGUGCAAUGCAAUUCACUUUUGAGGACAAACGUCGCGAAAACUUUGCAAAAGGCCAAGCCGAGUUAGAAAAGCGUCAGGCAAUGCUCCGUGAACAGCAGAAAGCUGAAUCGGAAGCGCGGUUGGCGGCCGAACGUGCUGAGCAAGAGAAACGCGAGAGAUUACGGCAAGACCAGGAGCGGAAGAAACAGCAGGAGUUAGAGAAGCAACUCCAGAGGCAACGAGAGAUUGAGCAGGAGCGUGAGGAGCAUCGGAGGAAGGCCUUGGAGCAGAGAGAGGCUGCCCGUAGGGAAUUGGAGCGUCAACGUCAAAUGGAAUGGGAGCGACAGCGUCUGGAGCAGCUUGUCGCAGAAAGGAAUCGUGAACAAGAACAGGUUUCUCAGCUCAAGAACUUGUUGUCAAACUACUCAUGUGAGAUGGAAACCAUGGAGGACAAGAAAAAGGAUAUUGGUAUCAAAGCAAACCAAGCAAGAACUAGUGUGACAGAAAUCACAUCGGCAAUCGAGAGGAUGCGACAAUCACGAGAUAUCAAGCUGUCAGACAUUGAGAGGUUACAGUUAGAAAUACAGGAAUACAAUCAGAAGUUGAUAAAACACCAACAGGAGAAGGAAGAGCUGACCAUCAAGGCACAGACACAGACACAGAGUAACCCCAUCAGCGAUACAUAUAAAACCGUAAUGCACAGUCAUGGAAACAAGAAGUUGUCUAUAGAGAGUAUGAAGAUGCAUUUAGAACAGCUCGAAAAAGAUACGGCUCAGAAAAUUGAGGAGAUCGACUUGAGCAAUAACGUUAUCAAUGAUUUGAAUAAGGAGAUAAGCACUGUGAGAGAGAACAUCCAGAAACUGAAACUGAAAAUGCAAGAGAAGCAGAGAGCUGCCAAGGAAAAACCGAUGAAGCCUCCAACACCUGCGACGCCCCCUGUGGCUGUGGCACCUGUCAGUGUGCAGGCACAGGUCCAGAAGAUCAAUAGCGAGGCAAAGGCUGCACCUGCCAAGAAUUCCAACAACUGGUUUGAUGCUUUCAACAGCGGAGGAGGAGGAGAUCUGUUCAGCAACACAAAUAACGUGGACUUCUUCGCGAAUACAACAACAACAACAGCAACGACCGAGGACAAAAGCGACAGUUGGGCCGACUUCAUGACGAUGCCGAAUUCUACGGCGAGUCAGCCGGUCGUGCAGUCACAGGGGAUCUGGUCCGACUCGUUCAAUACGACUGUCAAGACAUCACCGACUGCAGCCCCAACAACUACUACUGCUACAACUAGCUUUGAUGCCUUUUCCAAUGAUGUUCAACCCAAGACGACAAGUUGUAGUAAAUUCCGCGCUCUCUAUCCUUUCGAUUCACGUAAUCUGGAUGAGUUGUCUUUACAAGUGGGUGAUAUCGUCAUGGUAAUGAAUGAUCAAGCAGGUGCGGAGCCUGGCUGGAUGGGUGGAGAAAUGAAUGGAAAGUCCGGUUGGUUCCCAGAGGCUUAUGUUGAAAAAAUAGAAGACGAUAAUUUAGACACCGGAAAAAUAUCCUUUACUGAUGCCAAAGCUGAUGAUAAGUUCGCUGCGUUUGGUGAUGAUGGGGAUACGCAAUUUACGUUUAAUACUGGAGGCAGUGCUGUAAUAAGUCCUCAAGGAGCUGAUAAUGUGUUCGCUGAUGAUAAGUUUCCUUUAAGUGGUGCUGUUGAAGAUGAAUCUACUGAUGAUGUGGUCUCUCCCGCAAUCGUGACGUCACCCGCGGCAGUCAUGUCACCUGACGAAACCGCUGCUCUCUCCCUAACUCAGUCAGAACAGUCCUCGUUUACCUCAGUGGUCCCGACGAGCGUUACUUCAGCACCGUCGCCCACCCCUGGGCAGGGUCAGGCUGCCCCUGAAGGCCUGCAAGCCCAGGCAGUGUAUCCCUGGAGAGCUAAGAAAGACAACCAUUUGACCUUCAACAAGGGUGACGUGAUCACAGUCAAAGAGCAACAAGACAUAUGGUGGUCAGGGGAACUCAAUGGCAAGGGAAAAAGUGUAAAACAGAAAGAAAAGACUGGAUGGUUUCCCAAGUCAUAUGUGAAAUUGAUUGGAGGUUCCACAAAAGUUGGUUCAAGAUCUGAGACACCUGUAUCUAUGCAGUCAAGUAUAACAGACAGUGCCAAAAACUCACCGUCGCUGGAGAGGAAACCAGUGGAACCCUCUGGAGCCGCCGAUUAUUUUGUCGCACUGUACAGUUACACGUCGACGGAGUCGGGUGAUCUGACAUUCAACCAAGGCGACGUCAUCCAGAUCACAAAACAAGAUGGCGAUUGGUGGACGGGAACGUUGAAUAAUAAUUCCGGCAUGUUCCCUGCGAAUUAUGUGAAAAAAAUGGAAACACAGUCCCCCGAAAGCAUACGUUCGUCUGUCAGUUUUACUCCCCAAAUCAGCAUAGACUCGUCUGUCGAUUUGACGAGUCCCGACGAUUCAUUCAGCACCUAUGACAUCGUGCCACGAAUUUUACGGACCCAAAGUGCCGACGCUUCCCUCCAGCGCCAAGAGAGCAAUGAAUCGAUCCCGUGCUCGAAUCAGGCGCGGUCAAAAAGUUUACAACUGGACGUCGUCCCUGAAAUCGUUCUCCCGAUAAACGAUGAGAAGCCCAAGCCAGUGGACUUGCCGCCUAUCCCUGCGCCUGCCAUUCCUGCACUUCCACCAUUAUUUGAACAACCGGGAGUGAAGUUAACGAAAAAACCUGAAAUAGCAACUGUGAUAGCAGCAUAUACGGCAACAGGACAGGAACAGCUCUCGCUCGUACCUGGUCAGCUGAUCAAUGUGCGCAAGAAAAGUCCGAGCGGAUGGUGGGAAGGAGAAUUGCAGGCUCGAGGUCAAAAGAGAAAAAUCGGCUGGUUCCCUGCUGACUAUGUCAAGAUGUUGGGGUCGUCUAGCGCCAGAUCUUCACCUGCUGCUGGUCUCGGAGACGCGUUACAAUUGAAUGAGAAAAGAUCCCUGACCCCACAGCCACAGUCAACAUUACUGGCAUCACCACAGCCAACAGCUGAACAAGUGAUGUCCUUGUACCCGUACACUGCACAGAAUCCAGACGAGUUAUCAUUCCAGAAGGAUUCGAUCAUUGUCAUUUUAAAUAAGGACGACGCUGAUUGGUGGAAAGGAGAAAUAAAUGGAACGACGGGGAUGUUUCCGUCGAAUUACGUCAAACCGUUGAACGAGGUGGCUGUGUCACCUGCACCGCUCUGGGAUGCUGAUCCUGACGUCUUGCUCGCAACGUCACCCAUGGAAAAGAAGCGCCAGAAUCACAUCCAAGAGUUGAUAAAUACGGAGGAGUCUUAUGUUGAGGAUAUGUCGUUUGUUUUAGAAGUGUUUUAUGAGCCUCUGGCCGAAAGCAAGACACUGACGGAUGAUGAACUUCAGAUGGUGUUCGUCAACUGGAAGGAACUCAUUGUGUGCAAUAUGAAACUGCUCAAGGGUCUUCGUGUGAGGAAAAAGAUGAUAGGAGAAGGACAGGCAAUAACUGUGAUAGGGGAUAUUCUCUGUGAAAGUCUUCCCCAUUUGACGCCAUAUAUUCGCUUCUGCAGCUGUCAGUUGAAGGCUGCUGCUCUCCUACAGCACAGGAAUGAUUCAAACCCGAAUUUCAAGGAAGUAUGCAAGCGCUGCGUGACGGACCCGAGGACGAAAGGAAUGCCAUUGAGCAGCUUCCUGCUGAAGCCUAUGCAACGAAUCUGUAAAUAUCCCCUCAUGAUAUCCAAGAUUUUGGAAUAUACACCCGAUUCUCACCCAGAUCACCAGAAUUUAGUGGACGCACUCACGAAGGCUGAAGAGUUAUGCAGUCAAGUCAAUGAAGGCGUCCGAGAGAAAGACAACUCAGAUAAGCUCGAGUGGAUUCAGCUGCACGUGCUGUGUGAAGGUCUACCCGAGAAACUCAGUUUUAAUGCGGUCACAAACACGCUAGGUCCGAGGAAGUUUGUGUAUUCUGGGACGUUAUAUAAGAAUAAAAGUGGGAAGCAGCUUGUGGCGUUUUUGUUCAACGAUUUUCUCCUCUUGUGUGUACCGAUUGGGAACACCACAUCGACCUUCAGCUUUGAUUCCAAGGUCAAAUACAGGAUGUACAAAAAUCCGAUAUUCCUUAAUGAGGUUACGGUACGUUUCCCCAGCGAGACAGAGACGAGUGACGGGACACAUUUUCUCCUCUCGCAUAUAGACCGCGUCUACAGCUUGAAGGCACCUUCUACUUCAGAAAGAGAUACUUGGGUGAAAAAAAUUGACGAGCAAUCGAAGAAUUAUCUAUCAGUUGAAAGAAAAAAGAGAGAAAGAGCACAUUCUUUGGCCAAGAGCGUCCAGGCGAAGGGCGUCGGCCGUCUGCUAGUAAUAGUCAUGGAGGGCAUACAUCUCAUUCCUAGUGACGAUAAUGGAAAAAGUGACCCAUACUGUGAGGUGAGUAUGGGCUCCCAGGAACACAGGACGAAGGUCAUCAGUGCGACUCUCAACCCCAAGUGGAACUCAUCCAUGCAAUUCACAAUCAAGGACGUCGAACAAGAUGUACUCUGUAUAUCGGUGUUUGACAGGGACCUGUUCACUCCCAAUGAUUUCCUUGGUAGGACCGAGAUCCGUCUGGUCGAUAUCCAACAGGAGACGAAGGAAAAGCGAGGACCGAUUACGAAGCGAUUACGUCUCCAUGAAGUCGAUAGUGGAGAAGUCUCUGUAAAGUUAGAUCUGCAGCUAUACGCUAACAACGAUAACAAUCACCCAACCGAUUUCUUGAAAUUCUGAAACCAGGAUAUCAGCGAGACUUGAAUUGGCAAAGAUCGUAAUCGUUUCACUGGGGUAGAAUCUUUGCCAGUUUAAACACAUGCUAUGUUACCACUCUCACUCUAGCAAAAAAAGAAAUUCGACAUGCUCACAAGAGAUUAAAUGUGUUUGUAAGCAGACAAGCAAUCUUUUUGUCACUCAUCUCAUCACAGCAAAGGGGAUAAAAAUUGUGUGUCUGCAAUGCACUUUUGCUGCUAAGAUAAAAAUGAUGUCAAAAUGUCAUUGUGAAUAUUCCAUUGUAAAUCCAUUGUAAAUUUCCACAAGUCUGCAGGCACUAGUAUCAAGUGGUAACAGAACUUUGAUUUGUUUUAUAGUGAUCUAUUGUUAAUCAUGUUGAUAGUGAAGUGAUUUCUGUGGUUUUUAACCUCUUCACGUACUUAACUAACAACUUUGGCCGGAAUUAUAUUGGAUUCACUUUGUCACUUGUCAUGAUUCCCUUGUCACAAGUUAACUGAAUUAGGCUUGAAAACGUGACGUAAGUGUGAAAAGUGACAUCGUGAAUCACAUGUAGCCUGCUGAUUUGAAAUGACUUGUUCGUUUUCAUGUCACGGGUGAAAAGUGAAGAAUGACACGUUAUGAAAAUGUGAACGUCAUAAAAUCGCAGUACACUUAAUCCCUUCACAAAUGAGCAAUAAAAAUCGCUGCCAUGACCAUCACAAACAAGCAAUUAUCGUCGCAUGCAAUUUUAAUCACAGGUACAGUGAUUUAAAUUCUUCAUGGUGCUUUGGACAACUGGUUGCUGAACAGAAAGGAAGAACUUCUGGGACAUGACCUCAUGAUCGGUUUCUGAAUACGGGUAACUGACUGUCACAGUAAGAAUAGGUCACACAUUCACUCUAACAAGUUGACAUUUCUUUGUAAACUCUGCCACAAAACACAAUAGAUUAUAGUUCAAUCAUGUCUGUUUCAAGUAGAUUACUCUGUGUGAAGGAAUUGUAAAAUAAAUAGAUUGUGUUGUAUUUAUUUUUAUGGGACUUUUCUUCAUUUUGGUGCUGUAUGCAGUUUUAACAUCUCAUCAUUGUGUAAAUAGAUAUACAGUAAUAUAUCCUUGACAGUAAUGUCAUUGUAACUGUUGUAUAUUUUCGUAUUCUGAUUGCGUACUCUGAAAGUAUAACUCCUCAAUGACUCGAGUUUGAAUUAUAGUGCCUCAUUGUAGCCAGCUUUAAAGGCCUAUGCUGUUCGUUAACAAUUUGAAAUUUGUAAUUGAAUCUGAAAAUUGCCAAUUCCGUAAAUACAAACUGAAUAUAAUUUUCAACAUUGCCAUUGUGUAGACAGGUUUACAAAUACUAUAAAUACCAUGUUUCAGCAUAUCAGUAUGCAUAAUAACUGCACUAUGGCAUUGUGUAUAACUGCAUUUCUAUUUUCCUAACCCUCUAUCAAAUGUGAACGGCAUCCCCCUUUAAUUGCCACUUUACACACUAUUGUCAUAAUGGAGUCGCUUGUAGAAUUUAGAGAUCAUGUUAAGUGCUUAUUUUUGGAGUUAGUUUGCUUAUAAAUCUUUGAUUGAAAUUCACGGUGACUAUAACCAUUCCACACGUCAAUCUAUGAUACUAAAGCAGACCCUGCUGAUCAUGUAGUUGGCUAUUUAGAAUGGAAUUAACUGAUGUCAAAAUUGUUGACUGAUAAACUUUGCCAUUGAUAAAGAGAGUACGUGUAACUAUUGAUGUUACUCAACAUUUGCCAUAACAUUUUCAAUUACAGUAGAACCUCUCUAUUAAGGACACCCUUGGGACUGACAAGUGCUGACUUCAGUAGAGAGGUGUCCUGAUUAGAGAGGUCAAAUUGAAUGGAAACAACCAAUUUGGGACCCAAACUAGUGUCCUUAAUAGAGAGGUUGUCCUUAGUAGAGAGGUGUCUGCUAAGGGAGGUUCUACUGUAUAUAGUGUACUUGAAUAUUCAAAAAUGAUGUUCUCGUUAACGUUCCAGAACCAAAAACAAAAUGGAAAAAAAAUUUACGAAUAUACAGUACAACCUCUCUACUAAGGACACCCUCGGGACUGACAAGUGUUGUCCUUAAUAGAGAGGUGUCCUGAUUAGAGAGGUCAAAUUGAAUGGAAAGAACCAAUUUGGGACCAAAACUAGUGUCCUUAAUAGAGAGGUGUCCGCUAAGGGAGGUUCCACUGUAUAUACAUGUAUAUAGUGUACUUGAAUAUUCAAAAAUGAUGUUCUCGUUAACGUUCCAGAACCAAAAACAAAAUGGAAAAAAAAUUUACGAAUAGACUAUAACUGAUGUGAUAUUCUCUCUUUAUACUGUGGUAUACAUGUUGUAUUGUACAUUUCAGCAUAUCUCUCUCAACAUAUCUGCUGUUGUGUGUCAAUAGUGUCCAUGUUAGAAUAAGACGAUGAUGGUAUUGAUCAGCUGUUUAGAAGUGCAUCAUGUUGAUUUCUUCAAAGGAUUGUGUGUAUUCCCUGAUUUAAGGUCUUUGAAUGAUUCGUAGGGUACUCAUUUGAAACUUGAACUCAAACUUGAAAAUUUCCAAUAGUGUAAGUACAAUAGAACCUCUCACCCUCGGGACUGACAAGUGCUGUCCUUAAUAGAGAGGUGUCCUGAUUAGAGAGGUCAAAUUGAAUGGAAACAACCAAUUUGGGACCAAAACUAGUGUCCUUAAUAGAGAGGUGUCCGCUAACAGAGGUUCCACUGUAUGCACUGAAGAUAAAUUUCAGCAAUGCCAUUGUCUAGACAGAUAUACAAAUACUAUACAUACCAAGUUUCAGUGAAUUUGCAUGCAUAAUAACUGCACUCCGGCAUUGUGUAUUUUCUACAUGUAUUUUGCUGAUUAACCAGUAGAUACAAUGAACACUCAUGGCAUUCCCCUUUAAAGUGGUUGAAAGAUGAGAUUGGACAGUUUUCUUUGCUUAUACAGCCAAAAGUGAUGAUUUGUGUUGAUAGAUUAUUUUGAGAAUGCCGGUGGAUGAUAUUUUUGGCCAUAAAGUGAUUAUGUUUGAUUGCCUCAACAUUCUAAUGUUAUAUGUAUACAUGUAUAUAUACCUUGUAGAAUUAGAAGUCAUGUUUGUAGACUGUAGUUAUGUAGUGAAGUUGAUAACAUCCCAGUCUUGAAAAACACAUCCUGAGGAAACCAGGAGGUGAUGUUUGCUACCUGGUCCCCUCACACACAGUUAGGGAUCAUCUCGGAAUUUCUUGAUGCCAUGAAAGAUGACAUUUUCUCAUUUCUCUGGCCCCCUCCCCUUCUCUGAAAUGAUGCGAGAAAAAACCUGAUGUCUGGCAUCAAAAUAUUGUCUCAAGGAUGCCAAGAGUAUGAAAGGAGAACGAAGUUUGGCAGGGACAAGGCCAACACCACCCCCUACCCUUAGACAAAAAGUCCUCUCCAUUUUGAGAUGAUCCCUUAAAAUCAUUGACAGUACAGCAACCUUUACACUCCCCUGUAGUGGUUUUAUACUAGCCCUUGUCACAAUUGCUGGGGGAGCAAGACUUUUGUGCUAUCAUAACCACUGGCUCAGGAGUGUUAGCAAGCUUUGGAUGAUAUGAGCUUUGAUUAUGAAGGAUUAGAUGUCUGUAACAUGCUCAAUAAAAAUAACCAGGAGAUAUUGUGAA